AAAUAACAUGAAUAAAGAGCCCAGGCUGCCAAACACACUUUGGAGAGAUGCUAACAGGACAUUAGGGAGUGCUACCUAAAAAUGACUUUAAGUGAGAUAUAACUUACUUCCUCAGGUGAUCCUCAGAAGCAAAAGGAGGCUGAGCUUCAACACCAGGAACUUUCCUCACAAGUGGGAGGAUGCAAUGACUUUGCAACCCUCUUAAAUAUUUUUGAACAGUGCAAAGCAAGCAAGUCUCCCUCAGCCUGGUGCCAGAGACACUGGAUCCAUUGGAGGGCUUUAAAAUCUGCUUUUAGCGUGGAAAAACAGCUCCGGGAAAUCACCAGUAAACUGAAAGAGCUGCCAGACUUCCCCAAAGAGACAUUUGAAGGCUCCAGAACUGAAAUACUGAGGAGGUGCCUGUGUGCAGGAUACUUCAUCAAUGUAGCUCGGAGAUCUGCAGCCAGGACAUUCUGCACAAUGGACGGACAUGGCAGCAUUGUCUACAUCCACCCCUCAUCCACACUGUACAACCAGGAGACUCUGCUGGAGUGGAUCAUCUUCCACGACGUCACCGUGACGUCCAAGAUCUACGUGCGGACGGUGUGUCCCGUGCGCUACGAGUGGGUCAAGGACCUGCUGCCCAGGCUGCACCAGAUCGAUGCCUACGAGCUGAGCAGCGUGGCCAGGGAGGAGGUGACAGAGGAGGAAAUAACCAGGUGGAAGCACAGGGAGGACCUGAAGAGGCAGUUUGAUACCCAAAUAAGACUGUCCCGAGAGAGAGAAGUCCUAAGGGCUAUGGAAAGGAGGGGAGGGGAAAAAAAUCAACCCAAAAAACCUCACCCACCAAAAAACAUGAAGGAAAAAGCGUCACAUUUUGGUGAAUGUCUCCUUCUGACAGUGAGUUUAAUGCCAUAUGUUUCAAUAGUUUUAAUUAAGACUGGUGCCUGCUGACUGAUCUGCUGCUUGACAUUCUCUGAAUUC